AUGGCAGAUUAUUCAUUUAAUGAUAACUGUUCAAGUCAAAGUUAUGGAGAAGUCAAUCAACUUGGUGGUGUUUUUGUCAAUGGACGACCAUUACCUACUCCGAUUCGUUUACGUAUUGUUGAAAUGGCUAAUCUAGGAGUUCGCCCAUGUGAUAUUAGUCGCCGUUUAAAAGUUUCACAUGGAUGUGUUAGUAAAAUUCUUGCUCGCUAUCAUGAAACAGGUUCUGUAUUACCAGGUGCAAUCGGUGGCAGUAAACCACGUGUAACAACGCCACGCGUUGUUGGUCGCAUACGUGAUUAUAAAGUAAAGGAUCCUGGUAUGUUCGCUUGGGAAAUACGAGAAAAAUUAUUGUUGGAUAAUGUAUGCGAUAAAUUUAAUGUACCAUCAGUAUCGUCAAUUUCACGAAUUUUACGUAAUAAAAUUGGUCCACUAUCCCAACCGUGUAAUAGAAGUGGAGAAGGAAAUAGUGAACAUAGUGAUUCAAAUUCGUCUCCACCUGUCCCAUCAACAUCGUCACUAAUAUCGAAUACGAUGCCUACAUCGACAGUCUCAAUAACAAAACAUGAUUUAUCACCAGUUAAUACACCAUCAGCAUUGUCAUCAUCUGAAUCGCUAUGUAAAAUCGAACCACCGGCAUGGUUACCUUAUGAUCAAUCGUCGACAUCACAUGCUCAUCGUUAUUUUUAUCCAAACGUAGCAUACCAUUCAACAUUACAACAUCAAUUUGAAUCCGCCAUGAAAUCACCGUACGCAACAGGAACUUCUAUUGUACCGAAUCCUGAAAGUCCAUUUUCACAUUCACCUCAUUAUUAUCAACAAAAUUAUCAUCAUCAUUCACAACAACAACAACAACAACACCAACAACAACACCAACAGCAGCAGCAGCAGCAGCAGCAGCAACAACAACAACAGAAUACAUCAUUUAAUAAUGCGACGAGUUAUGCAUCAUUUUUUAAUCCUUUUCCUUAUUCACAAACAAGCAAUUUUGCUGUUGCGACACCCUACUAUUCUUCUUCAUAUAGUUUACCAUUGACACCGCAAGCUUCAUAG